CCUUGGCUGACGUCAGCUGAUGACUGCUUGCUUGGCUGUGCUCUCCGCUCCGGACAUAGUGCUGUAAAAAUGCUGCUCUCUGUGCCGCCAAGGACAGGAUUCAACCCAUACAACGGCUAUACCAGCAGACUUAGUAAAAAGCCGACGUAUGUGUCCUCCAGCCACCAGAUGGCUCCACCCAGCCCCAACCACACCACCACCAGCAGCAGCAGUAGCGGCAGCCUCAGUGGAGAGCAGCUGAGCAAAACUAACCUCUACAUCCGCGGCCUCCACCCGGGAACCACAGAUCAGGACCUGGCCAAACUGUGUCAGCCGUAUGGGAAAAUUGUGUCCACAAAAGCCAUCCUGGACAAGACCACUAACACAUGCAAAGGCUAUGGCUUUGUAGACUUUGACAGUCCGUCAGCGGCACAGAAAGCAGUGACAGCACUGAAGGCUGGUGGAGUCCAGGCUCAGAUGGCUAAGCAACAGGAGCAGGACCCCACUAACCUGUACAUCUCCAACCUGCCUGUGUCUUUGGAUGAGCAGGAGCUGGAGAAUAUGCUGAAGCCCUUCAGUCAGGUCAUCUCUACACGCAUCCUUAGAGACGCCAAUGGCACCAGCAGAGGAGUGGGCUUUGCCAGGAUGGAGUCAACAGAGAAAUGUGAGACUAUCAUUCAACAUUUCAACGGCAAAUAUAUCAAGACUCCACCUGGAGUUCCAGUGCCCUCGGAACCCCUGUUAUGUAAGUUUGCAGACGGAGGACAGAAGAAGAGACAGAGCCAGGGAAAGUACCUGCAGCAUGGCCGUCCCUGGACAAGAGAUGGAGAAACGGGAGGAAUGACACUGACCUAUGACCCCACCACAGCCUUACAGAAUGGGUUCUACUCAGCUCCCUACAGUAUGGCCCCUAACAGAAUGAUCACUCAGACCUCCCUCCCCCCCUACAUGCACUCUCCUGUUAAUACCUACCAGAUCCACAGUCCACAGUCCUGGAUGCAUCAUCAGUCGUACCUCAUGCAGACCUCAGGCCAACUCCUGACACAGGGCAUGGACCACACCAUGUCCAUCCAGCCCACCUCUAUGAUGGGGCCUCCCACACAGCAGCUCAGCCACCUCUCUAUGGGCAGCAGUGGCACGUAUAUGCCGGCAAACACAUCAAUGCAAGGGACCUACAUCCCUCAGUACACCCAAGUGCCUCAAAGCAACGUUUCAGUCGAGGAACUUGCCGUCCUACAACAGGUUGCCCUGGAGACGCCCACAGAACACCCAGACUACUCCUACCAGCACAGCAAGUGAAGAGGAGACACUGGUAGGUUUACUAGAGUCUGUCUCCUGGGCAACCUGCCGCCCAUACAGCUCAGCUCAUAGUGACUCUGGGCAGUACACACCAGACAGACGGAGGAAUACGGACCAGACUGUCACACUAAAGACAAAAGGAUAUUUUCAAAUCAGAGGUUAUGGUAAACUGUUGGACACGUGGAACAUCUAUUUUGAUAACAGAACAUGACUCUUUUGUCAAAGAAAGAGAAAAACACACCACACACACAUUAUCUUCUGUGCACGUAUUAACAAAUGAUUUUUCACACUAUUCUGGGGAGAAUGAAAACCAGCAAUAUAAGUUACACCACCAUGUGUCAUUUUAGAGUCGUCCUUUAGUUUUAGUUUGACAUUUUUUAUAUGCAGAUUUUUUUUGGUCAUGUUAUUUUUAAGCUUUUCAUCAGUUUGUUUUUGUUGCACAGAUUCAAAAAGUAAAUGAUCAAUGAUUUGUUUCUUAAUUUCACAAUACCAUUGUUGUUUUUGUUCACUUCACGCUGCUUGUUUUAAUUAUGUAAUUGUUUGAAGAGAGAAGGCUGAACAAACUGCUCAAGUUACUUAGAUGUGUGUCAUCUGGUGGUAUCACCUGUUUUCUCUCUAAAGGGACAAGUAUUGCAGGAGAAUGAAACAUUAUUGGAAGUGGUCUUACUGUUUUUAGCACUUGGGUCCCUAGUUAAAAUGGUCACAAUUUAAAUAGAUAUUUAGAAAGAACGCUUAAGACAAUCAAAUAUAUAGAAAUUAUUAUUUCCAGAUUCUGGCUAAUUAUAAUACAAUUAUACAGGGAAAAUGAAAAAUAUACGCACAAUAAAAUUUGACAGAGUAAUUUAGUUGUUGGUUAUAUUUUGUGAAUGUAUUGCUCCAAUGCUACCCAACAACAUAAAUAAGUCUUUCAAUUUGGUUUUAGUGGGUUAAGCUGCUACCGUUUAAACAGACCCAACGUUGUUCUUAGGAGUUCAUAUCAUUGAGUGUUGAGCUAGUAGUUUAAAGAAGUAAAUUAGAGAUCCAAAAAGUAUGGCCAGUACUGAGAUACGUUGCCGUGUCUUUUUGAUUCCAGCUUUCUCUCGGUCUGUUGAUUCCUCUGUUUUUGUUUGUUUUGAUUAUGAGUGAAAAUUUUGUUUAUUUAAAGAAAGUUUUCUUGAUUAAAAAUUUUUUUUUUGUACUUUUAAGAUUGAUCAAUGUUAUUUUUGGUAGUGUGCAUUGAGUAGGUACUUGUUUCUUUGGACAGUAGAUUCAAGUAAAAAAUACAUAUUUGUAGUCUUUUUCUUUUGAAAUAGUGUCUACCAUUACUGUCAUUUGUGUUUUGGGUUGUGACUACAAGGAAUACAGCUACGGCCGGAAUUGUCAUAGCAGCUUAGAACAUUUUAUCUAACCCUAACCCUUUUCCUAACCCUAACCUUAACCUGCCACGAUAAUGAUCCUAACUUGCUUCGUAAAUUCUCCUAACCUGAUAUGAAGAAGGCACUUCCAGUCAUAGCAGUACUCCUGUUAGUGAGACUGUGUGUUUGUUUUUCUCCAUCUCUGGUUUUAUUUUCAAUCACAUGGAAAAGGCUUUAAAUGUUUGAGAUUUCCAAUCCAUCUGUGUCAACAGGUUUUGGCAAUUUCACACUGGUGUGCUUACUGCUCAUCAGUCCAAGAUAAUUAUGUGUUAUACCUCUUACAAAUCAUUUCUGAAAUGUGUCUCAAAUUGUAAUCAUUCAGUCAGUGGUUAGGGAAUGCAGUGUCUGAAAAGUUAUUACCUCCUAGAGCAAUGUAGAACCUUGCACAAUGUUAAUGUGCAAGGUUCUGAGAUGUUUUAUGAGGUCACAACUUCCAUGGUUCUCAAGGCGGCUCUCAGUCACAGCAGGUACUGUGUCCAUAUCCUCACUCUUCUGUCCUAUGUUCAGAAACUAGGCCACCAUCCAAGGUCAAACCUCUAAUCCGACUGUUAUUUCUCAAAAUGGCCAGUGAUCUAUGCAAUUAAUUUAUUGUCUACAAUAAUGCAAUACUUAUAUUUCAGGUGACAACAAUGGACUGUUUGUCAAUAGUGACUUUUGAAACACAAAAGUAUCAUUCUGCUAUCAGUGGCUUUCAUUUGAGUUGAACUUAAUCCAAAACCUCUAGUUGUACGACUAUCAGCCUCAUUGUUCAUUUAAUGACAGUGAGAUGGCUGCAUAAAAGGGAAUGGUUCAUGAGAUUGGAGCAGAUCCCUCAGCUAUCUUGCAAAAGGCCUCACACCAUCUAACAAUGGGAUACAGACGACCUUGUCCAGCCAGAUAGGGUCCUUAUUGUUGUUGGUUAAACAAAUAUUGGUAGAUUUGUUUUGUUUGUUACCAAAGACGACUUCCGGUAGGCAUUUGAACAUUUCUUCUAAGUGAUCAAUGCUGUAGAAUAAAUCUGUCAUUUGUUUUAUCUUGUUCCUUUCCAUUGAUUUGUUGACACUAGUAAUAAUCUCUAUGAAUCAUUAAUUCAUUUGUGGUAGGAAGUAAGAAUCACAGAAAUGCCUUAGAUUUCAUCAAGUGGGGAUUUAAAGAGUGCUACACACUACAUUAUCUGGAAACAUUCAUCCAUUGUCUGCAAAUGUUUGAUAAACAGGACUACUUUUCUUAGAUUUGUAGUAUCAGUUUUAGGAAACCACAGUUCAAUGUUUGAUACACUAUCCGGCAUAUUUAGUUUCAGGCCGUCAUCAUUCCAGAUUGUUGUUUCACUCAAAUAAAAUGUUCAGCCUUA